AUGUCGAGCUAUGUGAAAUUUCUCAAUGACAUACUUGCCAACAAGAGGAAGAUCGGGGAGAAUGAAAUGGUCGCGUUAACAUAUGAAUGUAGUGUAUUGUUUCAGAACAACAUCCCCACUAAAAUGAAAGAUCCCAAGAGUUUCACAUUGCCUUGCUCAAUAGGGAGAAAAGAAGUCGGAAAUGCGCUGUGUGAUUUGGGGGCAAGUAUAAACCUAAUGCCCUUGUCAAUCUUCAAAAAGUUAAAUAUCUACAACACAAGACCCACCACAAUUAUGUUACAGUUAGCUGAUAGAUCAAUAACACAUCCAGAGGUAAAAAUAGAGGAUGUACUUGUGCAAGUAGAUAAGUUCAUCUUCCCUGCUGACUUUAUCAUAUUAGACUAUGAAGUUGACAUUGAGGUACCUAUCAUCUUGGGUCGCCCAUUUCUCGCAACAGGGCGAGCACUGAUCAAUGUACAGAAAGGAAAACUUAUCAUAAGGGUCGACGAUCAGCAAGUUAAGUUCAAUGUUCUCAAUGCGUUGAAAUACCCAAGUGAUAUGGAAAAUUGUCAAUAUGUUGGGGAACUGCAGGAAAAACAUUGGCACGAGCCUCAAGAAGAAUCGGAGGAAGAAAACUUUGGGAUCAGCGCAAUGUGGGAGGAAAAUUGUGCCGCAAUACAAACUGAGUCAGGAUUUGAAACAAUCAAGUUAACUGAACGAACAACGCAACUCUUGAAGAGAUGCAUUGAAACGAAUCUUGUGCUGAACUGGGAGAAAUGCCAUUUCAUGGUUGAAGAAGAGAUCGUGGUAGGUCACAAGAUAUCAAAGGCAGGAUUGGAAGUUGAUCAAGCGAAAAUCAACGCCUUAAUCAGUGAUGAAGGCUCACAUUUCAUCAACCGCAUCAUCGCCAACUUGUUGACCAAAUUUAAUGUCAGGCAUAGAGUUGCAACCACAUAUCACCCACAAACCAAUGGUCAGGCAGAAGUUUCUAAUAGAGAGAUCGAGGCUAUCUUGGAGAAGAUAUUCAGUACCUCUAGGAGGGAUUGGUCACCCAAGCUCGAUGAAGCAUUAUGGGCAUAUAGAACUACCUUCAAAACUCCAAUAGGCAUGUCCCCCUAUGCUCUGGUCUUCGAAAAAGCUUAUCAUAUGCUUCUCGAGUUGGAACACAAAGCUAUGUGGGUAAGCAAAAAGCUAAACUUCAAUCUGUCAAGCACGGGGGAAGUCCGAAAGUUGCAAUUGAACGAGUUGGUCGAGUGGCGAAUGAAUGCCUACGAAAAUGCCAAGCUUUAUAAGAAGCGAACGAAGAAGUAG